AGAGAAAAUGGAAUAUAUCUGGAGUCAUCAAUAUCUUCCCAUACUUGGUGUUGGGGUUCGAGAAGCACUAGAACUCAAUGUUAUUGUUCGUGGAAAUGGUUCAAUUCGCUUUAAAAUAUACAGUUAAAGUACUUCCUACAACUAUUCGGCAAUCUCCGGUCAGCUCGGGAUAGACAAUCGUUACUAUUCGAAAGUCUUCGGCAGGCCCCGGGAUCGACAAUUAACCGAGUGUGGAAAGGCCCACUCGACAUUCGAUAACUAGUUUUAAUAUUGACACAGGAAUAAACAUUUUUGGAUUUGAAGAAAUAUUUUAAAUUAAGCACGGUUGUAACUACGCUUAUCAUUUUGUAAUCGUGUUAUAUGUCAGUGUUUAUUUGAUCGAAAUAUUUGUUUUCUUCGUAUCAGCCCAGUACAAAAUAAUAAACUUCUUAGUUACAAAAUGAACAGAAACUGACUGUUUGAACAAGUUUGUGAAUCAUUUUUAAACUCAAGAGAGAAAAUGGCAUCUUAUUUUGAAUCAUCAAUUCUGAGAAGCUGUGAUUUCAUUUACGAGUUUUCCUGCUCUCCGUGUGAAAACAAAGGAUCUAACACAGAAGCUCACCAUUAUUGUACUCAAUGCAAAAAAUAUUACUGCCAAAACUGUGUUUCAAAACAUAACGGUUUAUAUCAGAAGCAUGCGGUGCUCGGCCGGAAGGAAGUGAAGAAAUGGGAGGCAGCCCCAGGGGUGACGGACGCCCUGGAGAGAUGUGGGGUGCACCCCGGGAAGGCGCUAAAGCUGGUCUGUGGUAACCAUGACCAGUUGUGCUGUUCUGUAUGCGUUGCCAUUGACCACAGACAAUGCUCCAAAAUCCAACAAAUUCCAGAUGUAGCAAAAGGUAUUCAGAGAAAUAUUGAGUUUCAACAAAUUCCAAAGAAGAUAGCUGAACUUCAAAAGCAAUUCGAGUUGAUGAAAGAAGCACGAUUGAAGAAUACGACAUCGUUGAAAAAGACGCGGGCAGCCAUUUCUGAUGAAAUUAAAACCAUACGUAAAAAGAUCAACGAAAUCCUUGACAAGAUUGAGAAGACAGCUUUACAGGACUUGGACGGAAUGAUAACUGAAUUUGAAAAAAACCUUAAGGAAGAUAUCGAAACAUGUGAUAAAAUGACUAUCGAACUGCAAAACAUGAUUACCACUUUUCAAACCAAAGCAAAAUCAAGCGAGUCAAAAUCAUAUAUUGCGUACAGAAAGAGCCAGGAUAUGAUUUCACAAGCAAACGAUCAUCUUCGUGGCAUAUCAGUCAUCGAGUGUUACAAUGUAACAUUUCAAGCCAAUAACCUUAUAGAAGAACUGUUAUCUUCAAUAACAACGUUUGGAGCGAUUGACGAACAAACUGUAAUGACCAAACAGCGAGAAGAUCUUUCCGAUCCAAACCAAGUCUUCGGUGUUGCAAAGUACAAGGAGUACAACGUGAAGAUGAGUGGUGACAAAUAUGGAUGUGAUAUCCAAGGCGUAUGUGAAUUGCCUAGUGGAGAAUUUGUCAUAGCAGACUGGAAUAAUUGUAAAGUGAAGCUGCUGGACAAGGAGUACAGGCUGCUCGACCACUGUGACGUCCCAGGAAAUCCAUGGGACGUGCGCCACAUUGACGGAAAUGAAGUGGCCGUUUGUAUUGACAAUGAACUUCAUUCCAUUAAUGCUUCGAAAAGGAAACUCGUUACUACGAGGAAGUUAAGCUUCACCCAUAAAUGUUAUGCCGCAGCGCAACAUGGGGGCCAGCUUUACAUCUCCUCCGGUCACGCUCUAUACGUCUACACGAUGUCGGGGCAGAAGAUGAAGAAGCUGUACGAGGAUAAGUCUGGGGGUACCACGGUGAAGAAAUGUGCUAUCAGUAAUGACGGGAAGACAAUCUAUAUUACAAACUCCAGUAAACAUCAACUGAUCACCCUGGACAACAACGGUAACAAGCUGGCCUCUCUCACUGACCCUGACAUGGAAACCCCUACUGGAGUACACGUGACAACUGCUGGACACGUGUUCGUCUGCUGCUGGAACUCCUGCACAGUUCUGCAGGUUGACAGAGACGGGAAGAAAAAGUUGGCUACGUUGGCAAGGAAAGUACGCAGAACGCGUGAUCUAUUUUUCAGCAGCCGCACUUCUUCUCUGAUUGUUGGUGGAUAUAAAGACACACUUCUUGGUAUCAAGUUAAUUUAAUACUAUAAACUAUUAACGUUUGAAUUGGUACUAUCGGACUGGAAUCUUCUUAAGUGUUGCAAAGUACAUUUCAGUAUUGUCUUAAUCAUAUAAGUGUUUAGACCGCUGGCUAUAAGUAAUUUACGGAUAUGAAUCGAAAUGCAUCUAGUGAAUACUUUUAUUGUAUCAUAUAUUGGACAAUUUAUAUCCCACAAACUACGUGAAAUAUAAUUUAUAUAUAUGUGUGUGUGUGUGUGCGUGCGUAUGUGUGUGUGUGUGUGUGUGUGUGUGUGUGUGUGCGUGCGUGCGUGCGUGCGUGCGUGCGUGCGUGCGUGCGUGUGUGUGUGUGUGUUUUAUUUGAUUAAUGUAGAAUGUUCAAUUUUCGUGUAUAUAUUGUCUAUAAACGAACAUAUGAAA